CAAUGAUCAUUGUGGUCCUUUUCAACCUAGGCCAUUCUAUGAUUCUAUGGUCAGUUUUUAAUCUUCCUUCAGCCUGCGUUAGGCUUUUCUGCAGGAAGGCGAUGUCUGUGUCCCCACAUGCAGCCUGUGUGAUGCCAGUGUGUCCUGUUGGUGCUGUGCUUACUGCAUUGUGCUUUGUUACAGUUUUUUCUAACUGUGUGAUGUAUUUAUAGUUGCCAUCUCAGGUAAAGAAAGCUGACUUGUGUAACAAACGCAUCUAGCUAACACCACAGGCAAUAUGCAUGACUUUUUGCCUUGGACUUCAGUUUAUUUUCCUUCUCUUUCUUCAGUACCUUUUUGAUGCAGGAGAGAAGGUAGUGGCUUACAGGAGCAUCAUUUUCAGUGUUCCUUUAAUCUUUAAACACUAACAUUUCCUCUGUGAUAUAAUCACUGUUCUGUCCCUACAGUUCGUAACUGAUUUUUGGUUUUGUUGUACUGUUUCCCCAGGUAUCGCUCCUUCUUUCAAGGUUCCUUUUACUAUAGAGAUCCAUGACCUACCUUUUCCAUGUUCUCCUCCUUCUGCCCUGUUACCUCCACAGCUUACCAGAUCUUCUUAUAGACCAAUCUGACACACUAGAACAGCAGGAAAAACUCCUGUGUGUUGCUGGAUUUCCAGCUGUUUUGUGCUUAUGGGAAGGCUGGUCAUAGGGUGAGCUGACAGAGAACAUGAUGGAGGAGAAAAGCUGAGAAAAGAGAUGUAGAGAUGUCCCUGUAGACAAUACUGAGCCAUUAGAUCAACUUAGCUGUCUGAGGAGCCAUAACAUUGCCUGAUAAUUGUACCACGGCCACAGCACAGCUUGCAUAACAUUUCUGAAGUACCCAGGAUAAAACAAGUAGUGUAAAAGUUUCAAAACAACCCAGUAGGCUUGAAAACACGUUCAUACCUUAACACAGAUAUUACCCAUUGCUGCAGUGGGAUUUUCAGUGCGUGACACUGUGGUCUGUAAGUAGCUGUUUUCCGUGGCAGCUGCUGAUCUGUGGCCCAGUUUUGUACAGCUGUACAAAGGCUGCUGGUAGCUUGCUGUAGUGUUACAAAUGCUGAUGUACAGACAGGCUGCUUGGUGCUGGUCUGCAUGUCUAGGACCAGCAGACCAAUGUUCUCUUUUUUUUUGCAUGUGUCUGGAAUAAAAGGUCAGUUAACAAUUUUGUUAGUCUUUAUUCUGUUCAUCAAUGCAAUCAAUGGCAUGGGCUGUGGUAACAGUACUACUGCUGGGUGAUUAUACCUGGGAGCGCACUGUACAUCUCAAAACAGUACCUCUCCUUUAAAAAAAAGAGAGCAGAAGUAACAGGGAACAUAAAGAGAGAAUAACCAGGGGGAAAAAAGAAACAUGCAUUCUUUUUGAGAGGAAUGGCAAAAUAAGCUGUGACUUGCAAAGAAACAAAUAUCGUUUAUAAAAUCAAGGCGUGCUUAACAAAGAAUUACCUUUAGGUUAGUGUUGCUCACCUUUUUGAGUGUAUGAAGAUGAUUUGUACUUACAUGGUGAGAAACUGCCUGGAGUUCCAGGCACGUGAUCUACGUAUUUCAUUUAGUCUAGAGACCUGAGGCUGCUUCAGGCAAAGCAUUUGAAUAAAAGUCCUCUGAACAAGCUAGAUACGUUUUCUCAUUAGUGACAGUAUGGAAUGUACAGUUAGUAUUUAUUUUAGUGUGUUUGACACAAGCACAACUUCAUUUGUUGUAUAAAGAAAUCAAAUUCCCAUCUGGACUAAAUAUAGGGUAAUAGAGAAUUGGAAGACUGAGAUAGUGCUAUUGCUGCUGUGUGAGAACAGAAUUGGAGUGCUUGGCUUUCAUUUGUAAUCCAUUAAACCUGUGUACUUAAAGCCUAAUCAGUUGAUGUUUGCCUGCAGUGAGCCUGGGACCACGUGGUUUGUAGACCUUCAAGCCCUACUUGAAAACUAACCAUGAUCUCUGAAGUCACAUGUGGCUUGAUGCUUCUGUCCUCACCUUUUACUGUACCCUCUGAUUUUAUAAAGUAGGAUGUACCAUCUCUGCAUGCUGCUGAAAGCAUUGCAAGUGUCAGUAGGACACGCUGUCUCCUCAUUUUGACCCCUUCCAGUGGUCAUAGGGGAUUGAUCUGAAACGAGUUGGUACAUUUUACAGGCUGCUGCGCUUUGUUGUUGUUAUUCAUAGUGUUGACCUCUAGCAUCCUGUCCAGUUCUGUAGAAUCUCUCCUUGCCCAUUAUUAGGAGUGAUUUGGAAUCAGACUGGUAUUUACAGCUAUCCAAGUCUGUCUUUUUCAAAAGGAACUGUAAUCUGAGUUAGUUCUGUAAUGUGAAACAGAGUUGAAGGGGCAUCGUGCUGUCAGAGAGAGUGUUGGUCAGUAGAAAUAAUGAAGAAGAAAUUAUGGCUCAAAGGAAGAUAGUAACCUUGAUGACUUUGCUGUUCAACUUCUCUGUCUUCCUCCUGAAUCUUAAGGAGAGAAAUAUUGAUUGUAGUUAUUCUUCCAUUUGAAGUCAGCAGGAGCAGCAUUGGGUCCCUGUAGUUUUAAACCUGUUUCUCUGGCUGAUUCAGGUUGUUAGCAUCAGUGCCAGCGAGGGAAUGGUCUUAAGCAGGCUUAAGGAGCAGCUUGCUGAUGUGUGCUCUGUACUGAAGUCUUCCUCAACAAAUGCAUGUGUUAUGGUAGGUGAGAAAGGCAAAAAUUGGCCCUGAAUUCAAGAAAUCAUACAAAAUGGAAUAUGUGAUGUCAGUUGUAAAAUAUGCAAUAGAUUUACGUAGCAGUGAUACUGCAGAAGAGCUCGUAUUUGCUAGUGAGUCUAUAACAUUAUUAAAGUAAUGGGAGAAGUUUCCCAACAGUGACAGUAACAGCAGGGUGCCCUUUGGAGUUGGAAGCAGUUACAUUUACAAGUUAAACUUCUCCUUCAUUAUGCACCAAUUGUACUUCUCUGAAAACUGCUGAAGUGAUGUUUGGGCUGUUAAUUAUUUUUUUUAAUUAUUAAUAUUCCUCCACAGCUCUGUGCGAGAUCUCAUUGUAGCCAUUUCGUAAAGGAAAUUAAUUCUGUCUGAGUUAGAAUAUAGUAAGUUGAGAUGCUUGGACAAAGCGUGUCCACCCAGGAUAGCACACUUGGCAAGUAAGUGAGAUCUUGAGCAUGUAGAGAGUGGAUAAGUGUACAAAUUCAUGGCCUAAAGCUUUUAAAUCUAGUAUGUGGCUUAAUUUAAAGUUUUGAGUUCAUUAUGUGUGCUAGAAAACAUGUAUUUUGAGUCAAGGAAACACUCCUCUGAUGUCAUUACUGCAGUUAGUAUGGGCUGCAUUAUUGUUGGUGUAUUUUUCUCCCCCCUCAAAAAAAAUCUAACUGAAUUUUUCUUUAAUUGUUGUAUUCACUUCUUAUUUUUCAGGAGUCUUUGAAAAAUCCUUAGUGGUCAUGACAUUGUUACAAGUGAGAUAAAUUAGCCAGUGGCUCAGAGGGAUGGAUACCCAGAAGACUACAAAUGAGCCAUGCUCCUGUGGAAAAAACUUCACCUGACUAUUGUCCAGUGUGCAAAGAGAAGGGCCAGGUUCAAGUUUUACGGACUUACCGCAUCAAUUUUCAAGAGUCCAUUUAUCUUUGUGAAAACCCUCAGUGUAUCUACCCACUUGGUUACAAACCAUUCAACAGCAUAAUUAUUUCUGCUGAUUCAGAAAAUCUUCAAGUUCCAUCUAAUGAUAAGAAAAGGAAAUUGUGUGAUACCAGUGACUUUUCUCCUAUUGAAUCAAAUCCAAAACUGACAAGAACUAAUGAUGUGGUAAAUGUUGAGCAGACUAUUAAUACAGACCCUGUUGUCAAAAACUGUGGUGAUAGCUUAUGUAUCCUUCAGUCGAGUGUAUGUGACGUGUUAGAAAAUGGCCAACAAAAAUCCAGUAACGAGGAAUCCAUCAAUCACAGGGUGGAUUUUGAAACAACCUCCAACACCAACGGUCAGCAAGAAAGUCCGCCUAAGAAUUUUAGCUCCAGAACACAACUCUUGCCAAACUCUACUCACAGCUCAGCAACAACUGAAGUUUUGCUCAGAGACAGUAACUGUUCCACAAGUAACACAGAUCUAUGUCUUCAGUGGAGAAACAAGUAUAAUCUUUGUUGGUUAGAUUGUGUUUUGUCUGCACUGGUCCACUUAGAAGCAUUAAAAUUUGCUCUAGUAGAAGAUGAUGAAAAAUGUUUACUCCAAAGGCUCUUGACAAAAUACAAUCAAGCAACUGUUCUGCUGAAUACCUGUAAAAGGAGUAAAGUAAAAGAUGUUCUUCCUAAAGCAGAAUUGCUUCUCAAUGAAAUAAGAAACCAAAUUUUUAUACAGCUUCAGCCACAGCUUAGGUGUGAAUUAGGUAAGGAGGAAAGUCCAGUGUUCGCACUCCCUCUCCUCUUAAAACAGGAUCAGCAAGCUGAGAAACUGUUUUUGCAUUCAUUUUCCUGGAAGUUUGAAUGCAUGUGCUGUGGCUACAAAUACCUGGACCGAUGUAGGAAAACACUAACAACGUUCACAAAUGUAAUCCCUGAUUGGCAUCCGCUCAAUGCUGUUCAUGUUGCUCCGUGCAAUAACUGCAGUGAUAGAUCUCAAAGAAGACAGAUGAUUUUGGAAAAAGUACCCUCAGUACUGAUGUUCCAUUUCGUGGAAGGCUUGCCACAUAACAACCUGAAGAGUUACUCGUUUCAGCUUGAAGAAGAAAUCUACCAAAUAACAUCUGUUAUUCAGUAUGAAAUGCGUAAGAAGCACUUCAUAACCUGGUCAUUGGAUCCUGAUGGAACUUGGCUUGAAUGUGAUGGUUUAAAGGGUCCGUAUUGCAGGAGACACAAAAGAUUUGAAGUUCCUCCGACAGAGAUUCAUAUUGUCAUCUGGGAAAGGAAAGCAUCCCACUUGCCAGAAGAACAGAAUUCAAGGCAUCAGAGUAAAAAUAUUGAAGAUUCUACUAUUAAUAAUGUGCAGUUAAAUUCCACAGUGUUGCACCACGGUUUUGAUAAUGCUGUACACAGUGUACUUGCAGAAGAUCACAAAGAAGAUUCUGUGAGAAUUCCAGAUGAGAAACAGCAGCAGGUAGCUGAGGGUGAAAGUGCACACUGUGGCUUAGAAAAUCUUGCCCGUGAUGAUCUUGUGCCUCAGAUUCUUGAAGGAACUCCACUUGACUCAGAGGGUAAAUCAGUGCUGAACAGAAAGAUGAUGGAAAAUAACCUUGUUGUUGAAAUGAGCUCACGGGAAAAGCAAGAAUCGGCUUUUUCACCUAACACUCCCUAUCCAGGGGAGCUCAUUGGAACUGAUGUACCUAUGAAUGAUAAAAACACGCUAUCUGAAAAUUCCAGCAUUUGCUUACCUCUACAAGAGUUGAAUCCAGCAAGUAUUACUCCUCCUGUACCCAAAAAACAUGACCCCAACCCGUCUGACUCAUUAUUUGCUCAAAGCACAGAUGGUAAAGCUAACUUACUUAAUGGAGAACGUGGUUUAAGUUCAGGACAAGAGAUAAACUGUAAAUUGCCACCAGUAGAGAAUGUUGUAGAAAAAUCACCUGACCUGAAAGGUGCAAGCAAAAUUGCAGUUCAUUCUCAGGUUACAAGUUCUUCUGCUGAUAAUAAUUCCUUUCAGCCUUCAGAGAAAGACCAAAAAAGAGGAUUUGUAGGAAGCUGGGUAAAAAAACUGUUAAGCAAGAAUACUUCUUUUCUGCCUUCAAGUGCCUCGAUGCCCAAGAAUGAAAGAAGCUGCAAAACUCCCUCCGUGCAGAAGUUAAGUGACACAUGGUUGCCAGUUAAAGGAGCAAGUAACUUUGGUGGAUUUCAAGGCAGAGGUGAACACAAAGCAUCUCAGCCCCUAACAUCAGUGCUUCCUCGGAGUAAUAAUGCUCAUUGUUUAUCGAAGUUCAAAGGAUUUUCUCAAGGCACUUGUCUUCCCCAGAAUCGUAAUGCUAUGGAAGGCCUGAACUGGAAUAAGUCAGGCAAUACUGUGGGUAGCUCUGGUAAAACAACUCAGGUCCAUCCACAUAGCUAUAAUUCCGUGAAGGCAGAAGAGUCAGAUAGUGACAAAACAAGGAAGCUUCGCCUGAAACUGUUAAAAAAGCUUAAUGCUAAAAAGAAGAAGUUGGCUUCACUAGACAGGCUAGCAGUGGAACAGGCGAAACGUGGAAAACCUGUUGCUAGCUAUGCAAGUGCCCCUUCACAGAGUGAAUCUCAUAAUGAUAGUGAAUUACUGCAGAGCUUUUUAAGGGAACUGCAGUAUCACAUUGAUGCUGCCGAUAAUUCGCCUGAAUUCAGUGUGAACUCAGGAUGCAGUAGCCAUAAUAGUAAUGAUGAAAUACUGGCAGAAUUACUGUCCCCUACUUCAACUGUUGCUUCCUCAGAGGUUCCAAAAAGUGAAGAUGAAUGUAUGUAUAUGGAAAUGGUAAAUAGCAGCAGUGCUGCACCAGCAGAGCCUGCUGAGAAGACCAGCAUAUCUCAUGCAGCACUGACAAGUGAGGACCACAGUUACUACAGUCCUGAAAAGGGCAGUAAUUAUGAACACACAGUGAGCAAACCCAGUGUGAAAAAAAUUGGUUUUGAGAGUCCCACAAGGGAAGAUAUCCUUGAAGACCUGUUCUCCAUUUCAGCACCAACCACAAUGGCAGGUGACAUAGAUGUACCUCAUUUUGAUGAGACGCUCUUUGAAACUUGGUGAAUGUUUGGUUUAUUAGGGUUGUGGGGUUUUUUUUUUCCAACAUUAUGUAUAUUUUGAAACAAAUGGCUAUUAAAUUAUAUUUUCUAACAAGUUUAAUUGCACCCUGGCUGUACUUGAACACUUUCCACUGCAGUUGUUCUUAAAACUUUAUUGUAGCAGGCAAAGUGCUUUAAGGCAUUUUGUUUUUUUAAGAAACCGUUAUUUUAGCAGAUGUAAUGAUGCAUUCAAACAUAGCUCCUAUGAGUCUUAACUUUUUUGCUGCUUUUAAUAUGGGAAAUGUACCCAUGUUUUAUUGGGUUUGAAAAAUAACAGACUUCAGUAUCCUAGGUGUUGUAAUGGCAUGAGAAGUACUUUGGGUAACACGGAUCUGUUCUUCAGGAUCACCCAACUCCUGAAGACUCUUUGUCCAGUGUUUAGGGGAAAAAUCCACCAUUCUGUAAUAAUGGAUUUUUGUCUCCUUUGCUGCAAAGAUUGUGUGCAACUCUCAACUCGAAUGGUGAUACUUUGUUUGGAGUUUUUGAGAAUUACUGUUCUUUAAGCUCCCCUUCCUUGGAUCCAAAGAAGGACUGAUACAAAUACUAGUACUUCCCUUUGAACUUAGGGCACCUGCUGGGUUUUCAUCCUGGGUAAUUGAAAAUAUAAUUUGACUGAACAUUAUUCAGAGCCGGGUCAUUUUCUUCAAGUAAAUUAAAUAAGAUCUGGGCUAGAGUUUGCCAUGCAAAGAAGAGAUACCCAGUGUAACUUUUAUUCAUGCAUUGCUGCGAAUUCACUAAUAAAAGAAAGAUUUCUGAGAGUGGAGCUGUGAAUUAGCACUUAAUGCUGUUGUCCAUAGGGCAGCCCACCCCUAAUCUGUAUACGAGCGAAGGGCAAGGAGAGGCGAGGUCCAUAGGACAAAACUUACAGAGAACAUGGCAAGACACAUUGAGUAGGAAGAGAGAGAAGAUCACUGACAUUGUGGCGUUUCUGGGUCUGCGUAUGGCUGUCCUUUUGCUAGGUGGGAGUCUUUGGAAAUCGUGGAUGGAGGUGAGGUUCUGUCUGCUGAAUUGGAUUAACUGUAUGUUUUUCUAGUACGUGCGAUAAUGAGGAUUUCAUCAGCAAGUCUUUGUUUCAGUUACUUCUAGAGGUACUCUACAUUUUUUCCUUUCUAUCCUGAAUUUAAAACACAAAUCUUCUGUCUUAUCUUCAAAUAGAUGUGUUUUGAACAUAAUUGUCAUUACAAAGCAUGGCUACAGAUGUAAAUGGUCCUUGAUAGCUUGAAUCAGGUUCAGUAAGUGAUUGAGAAUCUGUCAAUGGCACUGAAUGCACCUUGACAAGUUGUUUCUGUUGUAAUUGCAUACAUGUUUAUUGAAUUGGCACUUCAGACAAUUACUGGUUUCAUUCUUGGAGUCUUUGUAAAGAGGUGGAGCUCCUCUUUGUUUUAGAUAUUGUGACUGGUACGUUGCAAUAAAAAAUCAGUGGGUUCUCAAUGUGAAGUACCACUGUUCUGCUGGUGAAA